AUGUCCAUCUCCCGAUAUUCAUCUUGUCCCCAAACGGAUUUCGGUAGAGGACCGCAUUGGCUUCAUGAAAGCCCAUUCCUGCCCCAUCUGUGGGAGACUACGCAGGAUGUGGGGGCCCCAUCUCUUAAGCACGCAGCCAUGAAAAUGGCCCUGGUGGACCAGUCGGCACUCAAGCCGGACCUGUUCGCACAGCUUCCCUGGCAUAUUGCACACUAUCUUUGGGAAUGCCUAGGACGAUGCGAGGUCGGCAAUUGGCGCACAGUCCUUGCAAUAUCUACCGCACAUGCCACCACAGCGGAUCUGGUUGCGAUCGGGAACAUGAAGAAUUUGGUCGCCCUGGACAUCUAUCCGGCAAAAUCAAGGGUGCCUAAGCCUGAGGAUAUUGAUGAAGGCAAAGGGCUCGGACUGGAAGACCGCAUUGUGCGCAGCUGGCUCGAGAUAGCCGAAACCGCUGGGUCAUUGCAGCAGUUGCGCAUUCUGAGGCUCCACAACCAACCAAGGCUGACAACAAAGGCUCUGUGGAUGUUGGAAAAGCUACCAAAUCUACGCGAAGUGUUUAUCUCUGAAUGUGCUGCAUUUGGGGAAGUGAUACAGAAACUGAAUACCCAGAGGAAGGGCGUCCGAUUAGGCGGAUGGAUUGCUCGCAGAAUUAAUCUGGUCCGUGCCGAUCAUGAGGCGCUGGCUCAGGUUCAGAUUAUCCGAGGCCCGCUUGUAGACGUUUACAAGGAUGCCCUGGAUACCGACAGCAGAUCCGAAAAUAAUGAUCGGGGCCAGACUCCCCCGAAUCUAGGCCGGGACAUUCCUAUUCUGGAGUUCAUGUUAUCCUUUGCCCAUCGUGGUACACAGUAUGACGCGUCUCAAGUCAUACAUCUUACUCGAGCGCGCCAGCAAAUAGAAAGGAAACGGUCGCCAUCACAAGGCGAUACAUCGAGGAGUCAAGUAAAACGAGUGGUAAGGGAUCGGGGAGGAAGGGAUAUGGCGGAUGUGCUCAGCGACUUUUUCUGA